AUGGCACAAGCCUUUGGUGCAAUAGCAGAGCUACUUGAUAAUGUUGUUGAUGAGAUACGGAAUGGGGCCACUUUUGUCAUUAUAGAUAAAACUUUAAAUCCAAGAAAUGGAAGCCCAGCAUUGUUAAUUCAAGGUGACGGUGGUGGGAUGGACCCAGAUGCAAUGCGGCGCUGCUUGAGUUUUGGAUUUUCAGUUAAAAAGUCAAAAUCAACUUUUGGACAAUAUGGAAAUGGCUUUAAGACCAGAUAUGACAGAAUAGUGGUUCCCAUAGUUGAUUAUGAGGUCAAUAAAUCUACUGGUGCAUUGGAUAACUUGCAUAGUAAAGAACAUUACAUAGCCAAUCUUUCCAUGCUGCUGCAAUGGUCUCCAUACUCAACAGAAGAGGAGCUUCUGAAACAAUUUGAGGAUGUUGGGUAUCAUGGUACAAAAGCCGUCAUCUAUAAUCUAUGGUUCAAUGAUGAGGAUUCUGAGGAUAUUCUAAUUGUUGGGGAGCCGAAGACUGCAGAGAAAGGUCGCUGUCCAACGACAGCAAAUGGACAACAUCUCGCUAACCGUCUUCGUUAUUCUCUUUGUGCAUAUUUGUCUGUGUUGUACUUGCGCAUACCUGAAACUUUCUGCAUACUACUACGUGGACCACGAAGUGGUGGAUCUGUGGAAGGCACAGUUGUUACAACGAUUGGGUUUCUAAAGGAAGCUCCACAUGUGAAUAUUCAUGGCUUUAAUGUCUACCACAAGAAUCGUUUAAUUCUGCCAUUUUGGCAUGUGGUCAAGAAAAACCCUCAGGCACCAACUACUUCUCAGGUUUCAUCUGAUUUUGGCUCACAUCAUGAUACACAUCAACCCGUUGUCUUGGGUGGAAGCUUUUCUGCUGCUGUUAGUACAACAGCACCAGCAGGAGCUAAUUUGAAGAGGAAAAAAUAUGAUGAUCUAGCAGAACUUGAUAAGAUGAAACGGAUGGCUCUCUUCAAGGUUGCUGGUAUGGAUGCUGACAUGGCUAGCAGAGGUGGCUGCACAUGUGAAACUGAGGCUGCAAGCUCAGGUUUGAAUGCCAGGUGUCUUUAA